AGUGGCGCGCAGGAAGCGGCCGUUGCCCCGACUUCCGUUGAGGAAGCGGCGGCACCUUCAGUUUCGCCGGGCAGGACGCGGCGAUGGCGUCGCUGGGGCUGAGCGAGCGUGAACAAGCCGGGUGCCGGGAGCUCUUGGAGUUCCUGGAGACCGAGGAGCUUCUGGCGCUGACGGACACGGUCACCAACCGCCUGGUGCACCCGGAGAGCCGCCAAGAAGCCAUUCAUGCCAUUUUGGUUUACAGCCAAAGUGUAGAAGAACUUCUGAAACGCAGAAAAGUCUACAGAGAAAUAAUUUUUAAGUAUUUGGCAGCACAAGAAAUUCCAGUGCCUCCUUCUGCUGAGAAACAUCUGCUCAUUGAUCGUGUAAAGCAGUACUGGAGUGGGCAGUGCACAACACAUGCCUGGGACUCAGGAGAGAGAAAACCACAUGAAGAGAGUCAUGGAGAGAGACAAAAGUCGUCACAAGACAUUCAUGCUCUAGGACAAGUAUUCUGUCAGUGGUUCUUUGAACUCCUGAAUUCUCAACAUCCCUUGGGAGUAAAAUCUGAAGAAAGAUGGGGACCACAGCAUUUUUGGGAGAAUGCCAGAAUGAAGUUCCAUUACAACACAUUAGAAAAAAACAGGGAAGAAUACGUUGGUGCAGAAAUGGUGAGCCUUCGCCUGCUCUCCUUGGUUAAAGAGGAAUGUCUUCUAUUCAACCCUAAUUUGCAUGGCAAUGGACUGAAAUGUGCCAUGUCUCCACAUGGGUUAGUACUGGUAGCAGUGGCUGGCACAGUACAUCGAGACAACACUUGUUUGGGCAUCUUUGAACUAAUUUUUGGACUCAUUAGCUGUCCCAUUAGGGAGAAUACCUGGAAAAUAAAAGUUGUGAAUCUUAAAAUAGUUGGACAGAAUGCCCUGCAGCCUGGAACACAAAUUGAAGAACCCUCCAUAAAAUACGAACCAAACCAACUGCAAGAAUUGUAUGAUGGGGAAGACCUGACUGUUUGAACCUCAGAAAUUCUGAGCAACAUUUUCACAACUGACUUGAUUAGGUGAGGGGGGGACAUACAGCACUUGCAGUGCAUAGCUGAAUAUUGACAUGGUUGCAGCCAUGUGAUGUUGUCUCUUUUUUGAGUCAGAUUUGCUGGAUGACAAACUGAGAUGCAGAGUUUAAAGUAUUAACAUGGGUGAUGCUUUUGGGCACCUUUCCAACAGCUGACAAAUAUUUUAGUGUAUUACUUUAGAUGUUGUACUGUAGUUAGGAAUGGCAUUAGUUUGGUUAUUCUGGGUUAUAAAACAUGGUUACAUUUCAACAUGGGUUGGCAGCAGUAUAUAAUGAAGUAGAUGACUUGGGGUUCACAAACUGCAGGUGGCUUCUCUUCAGGUCACCAGUUCAAACUCUUGAGUUGUAACAGGAUUUCAUUGCUUCUGGCUUUUUGAAAUUGGGCUUGGUGAGUGUCGAAACGGACGUCUAAGUCCCAAGAAAACCAUCUGCUGAUGUAAGAGCUUUUGGAGAGAACAGACAAAAUAACAUGAGUGGAGGCUGCUGCCAUUUAUGUUCUAAAUGCGGUUCCCUCACUGAACAACAGAAGUAGUUUAAUGGGACAGUGCAAGGAACUUAACGUCACUGAAGUAGUUUUAUUUUGGAUUAAUACUUUCCUUUUUACCUUAUGGUUCCAAUUUUGUAAUGAAUACAGACAAACUCUCUUGUUCUGUGUCACCAAGCAGACAAAUUUGAGAUGGUUACCCAGACGUCCAUUUCUAGAACUGUCCUGGAUCAAGUAGUUGAUUUCAUGACUUCCAGCAACACUAUAUGAAGCAAAUGCUUUGAUAAUUAUUUUGUAUAUACUUACAACAGAGUUUUUAAUAUAAUGGUUGUGAUUUUUGUAUGUUUUCUCAAAAUAAGAAUUUUAUCUGCUCUGAGCUGCUUUACUACAUUGACUAUAAGUCAAUUUUUUUUAACACUGGGCAGUUACAAAGACAGGUGAUAUUAAAUAAAUAGUCCAAUUACUACUUAAAAACUUAAAUCAUUACCAUGGUAGGACUUGUGUGUGUUGUUUGUUUUGUUUGUUUUUUUAAUUUAUAAGUGAUUAGAGGUGAAAACAAGAUGAAAACUUUUUUUCCACAGCUUGCUUGGAUUGUUUGCAAGUUUUGUUUUCAUUUUAUGGCUUCACCAAUACAAACUGUGAAAAUUGAAACAUUCCCUGUUAACAUGGGAACAGUUCUUUUGGUUUUGAUGUAUUUGUCAAAGACAACAAAUGGUAAAAUGAUGUGUGGGUGAGGGGAAACAAGAAGAUUCAGGUAUGCACGGAAUGGAUUUGUAUGAACAGUAUGAAUCUUGAGUUCUCUUUAAAAAUGUCUAAAAUUAUUUCUAAGCAAAACUUCAAAUACUGUGUUAGAAUGUUCUUUCCCUAUAAAAAGUUGAAUUGUCACUUCUUCAGCUCCUUAUGUACAAUAAAUAAAAAUCAACCUGAAUUUAAAA